AUGUUUAACGUUGAAACUCCCCUUUCUGUUCAUUCAGCUCCACCAAGAGGAUUCCCUAAAGUGCAUCAAGAUCCAUCAGCUACAAUCAGUCAAGUUGGUGAUUCAACACAUCUACAGUGUGAUGUUUCAGCUGAACCACCAGCAACAGUCUACUGGAUUAAAGAUCAAUUCGAAUUGAUCGAUACAAGUCUUCCAAGAUUUCGAAUUGUCAGAUCAGGAUCGCUUGUAAUUGAAACUCUGUUAGAAACUGAUUCAGGCGCUUAUGAGUGCAUGGCACGUAAUGAAGUCGGCACUGUACUGAGUAAUUCAGGUCAUCUGCAUGUACGACAUAAUCUUACAAUUGCUUAUCAUUUUCUACAACAAAGAGGUAUUCAGUUUCCACCAACAAUCAAUGAAAUGCCAGAGAAAGUUGAAGUAUCCCCUGGGAAGGGAACAAAUCUCACCUGUCGAGCUGGUGGUUUUCCGAUACCAAUGGUAUGGUGGUCAACGCUAGGUACACCAGCUGGACCACGUCAUUCAGGACCAAUUAUUCUAGCCGAGCGUGCAUUGACAGAACCUCAACCACACGAGGCUACUUUACGGUUGACAGAUAUUACAGAGUCAUCUGGAUAUAAUUGUAUUGCUAAAAAUGGUCUGGGUCUGGUACGACGAAAUGUUAGUGUUAUUGUUAGACAACUACCUGCUCCACCAUCCAGUUUAGAUGCUCGACCAAUCGGUGGUACAUACGCAGUACUCAGAUGGCCACCGAGUAUAUCCACCGGUGUUGAUUCCUACACAAUCAGUUUACAAGUGAAUGAUGGUGAUUUAGGCGAACUUGGCCGACGUCAGAUAACUAACAUUGAUCCAUCCGAAAUGAAAUCAGAAAUCUCACCGAGUCUGCUAGAUAUAACAUAUUCUAAAGAAACUCCAAUGAUCACCUACAAUCUAACUGAAUUAAGCCCGUAUACACUGUACACAGCACAAGUGCAUGCAGUCAGUAGAGUGGCUGGUCUAUCUUUGCCUAGUGAUUCAGUGAAAUUUAGAACUGCUGAAUUAGGUGAGUUCAACUUUAAUUAUCAUUGA